GGAUUUACUUUAAACAUGUUGUGCUCAUUGAAUGUGUAUGGAAUAAUGAUUUGUAUAUUAUUGUCAAUCACCUUUUCGAGAUCUUAUCUUUGUGACUUGGGAUCAGUGAAUUGUACCUGCCAAGACCUAAAGAACCAAACGAAAGUUGAUUGCUCCCACAGGGGUUUGUAUAAAAUUCCACACUUUUACGAAAAUAGUACCUGGAUCGAUCUUAGUGAUAAUUUCAUUGAAAAAAUUGAAAAUAAUUUUCCAAAGAAUGUUGAGUUUAUCAAUCUCUCGAGAAACAAGCUGAAAUGGUUGAGCAACAUUUCGUUUCACGGAUUAGAAAAACUAAAAACGCUGAACUUGGAAUAUAAUUGCAUAAACAUCUCAUGGUUUUAUAAAGGAAUAUUUUCGGAUUUGAAGUCAUUGAAAGAAAUAAGUCUGAAGGGAAACAUCAAUCCGGUAAAGAAUAUCCUUAUACGAGAUGACGCAUUUUCAGACUUAAAGGAAUUAAACAUUUUGAAAAUGGACGGCCCGAGAGGUAUAAGAUUUGGAGAAGGUUUUAUGAACUUAACAAAAUUAAAUAUUUUGGAUUUAUCCGGAAUCACAGGAAACUGUUCGUUUCGGGUAUUACCUAAAGAUUUAUUUAGGCAUUUACCACAUAUUACCUACAUUGAUGUAUCGGCAUGUGAAAUCUUAGAUAUUGAAGAUGGGGCAUUUGGUAAUCUUUCAUCACUUCAACAUCUUGAUGUUUCGCAUAACAAGGGAAUAGGAUUUGCAUCACUUCCAAAUAUAACAAAGAAUCUCAACCAUACAGACAUACAGAUUUUGCGAUUAAAUGGCAUUAACUGUUUAACUGGAAUAGGGACAAAAGUUCUCACACAUCAUCUUAUCAACUUGCAAGAAACAAACCUGACCGAAAUAUACAUUGAAAAAAAUCGACUAGAGCAGCUUGAGGCUGGAGCUUUGAGAGUUCUUCCUGGUUCGUUAACUACAUUAUCAAUGGGUGAAAAUAAAUUAACUCAAGGGAAAUACAUAUUAGACUACUUUUCCAUGGAUAGUUUACGAAUCCUAAAUCUAAGUGUCCAACUUCGCCCGGCGCCAUAUCCGAUAUCAAUAUUUGAAAAUUGUCAAGAAAAACGGGAUGACUGUGAAUUUCCUUUUGCUGGAAAAUAUAGCGAAAGAAAUACAAGAUACCAAAAUAUUGGGUCAAUUGUUGAAUCUAUUUUCCGUACAAAUGACAAUGGGUUAGUGACAAUUGAUUUUCCUGAGUCAAUUGAAGUAAUUUAUGCAAACUCAAGUCGACUGUACACAGCCAUUCCAGAAUUUGGGAUAAAUUCGAAAAGUUUCCGGGAAUUCUAUUUACAAGAUAACUUUUUCUUUUCUUGGCUUGGACCUGUUCACGGAAUCCAGAAUUUAACAAUUCUAGAUCUUUCCAAUAACUUCUGCUCAUUCAUUUCAAAAUCGUUUUUUAGAUAUGCAACAGGAGUGGAGAUCUUAAAUUUGUCUAAUAAUGAUAUCGGAAAACAUUUCGUUGAUGACAUUGAGGGCAAGAUACUUGAAAAUUUGCUUUCCGUACGUGAACUUGAUUUAUCAUAUGACAAUAUUAACGUGUUGCCAAGAUUAAUGUUCAAGAAUCUUCAAAACCUUCAGGUUCUGAAUUUAAAUGGUAACCUGCUUUCUGAAUGGCGCGUGAAAAUGGAUCACAUGAGAAAUUUAAAAGACAUAAACUUGGCUAAAAAUAGACUUACAACAAUAGACGUUAUUCAGCAGCGGUCGUUUGAAACCCUUUUUUCAACUUCCAACGUUACAGUUGAUAUAUCUGAUAACAAACUUUUAUGUUCAUGCGAAAAUUUGCAGUUUCUAUCUUGGAUAACUACAUAUAGAAUGCAUUUUAAACAGUUUGAAUUAUAUCAGUGCUCACUGGCAAGUUCUAAAAAAUUCAAUUUUUCAGAAGCCGUUUCGUCUCUUGUCACUUUGAGAGAAAAUUGUAGGUCUUUAUUGGUGAUAUACAUUCUAACAUCAGUUUCAAUUGCUUUUUUGAUAAGCGUGGUUCUAGGUGUUACAAUGGUAAAAAAUAAAUGGAAGAUUUUAUAUCUGAUCUUCAGAGCCAAGAAGGUAUUUAAGAAAUGUGGAACUUCUGCAAUGCAAGUAGAAACUACUACAUACGAUUUUCACGCAUAUAUUUCUUAUUAUGAAGAUGAAAAGCAUGAAAUGUAUCAGUUUGCGACAGGCGACAUAGUCGAACAUAUUGAAACUCAAUUAAACAUUAAACUCUUCAUCCCUGGUCGUAACGAUGCAGGUUUGGGUGGGCAAAACAAAUAUAAUAUUAUAAUAGAAAACAUGGAAAAAAGCAAACGUGUUAUAUGUUUAGUUACUAAAGAGUACUUAAUAUCUGAAAUGUGGAAAUAUGACCUCAAGGUUGCAAUGGAUAUUGGUAUCGAAAGGGGAUAUCCUGAUGAAGAAUGUGGAUAUGAUCAAUUUUGGGAGGAGUUCAAACAAAUAUUUGAACAGGAUAUUUCUGAGACCAGGCAGGAUGUCACGUCCGAAAUAGAACUUGAAAAUCAUUCUGAUACUGUGCAACUCCUUACAACUGAGACUGAGUAA